GUUUCUUCUCCUUACAGUUGGUUAUAAACACGAUUCGCAGAUUUUAAUAUCCUUUUGGUGUUGAAGAGGAUGGGUCAAAUCGAGUAUUCUGACAAAUACUUCGAUGAUACUUACGAGUACAGGCACGUGGUACUUCCUCCUGAGGUUGCUAAGCUUCUACCUAAGAAUCGUAUUCUCUCCGAAAGUGAAUGGCGUGCUAUAGGAGUGCAGCAAAGCCGUGGAUGGGUCCAUUACGCUAUUCAUCGCCCCGAGCCACACAUCAUGCUCUUCAAGAGGACUCUCAACUACCCUCAAAAUAAUCCCACCAUCCCUAAGUAGAGAUUUAUAUAUGCAUUCUCUCUAUUGGUUUAUGUCUCUCGUAAACAAAGUUAUAAUUACACAUUCUAUGAUACUUUUUUCUUUAUUUGUGUUGAUGAAUUCUCUUCACUGGAGAAAUGUUUGAGUUGUAGACGAACCACUUUAUUAUUAUGUUUUAAGCCCG